AUGGUGCCGCCGCAGCCGCCGCAGCCGCAGCAGGCGCAGCAGGCGCAGCAGCCGCAGCAGCCGCAGCAGCCGCAGCAGCCGCAGCAGCCGCAGCAGCCGCAGCAGCCGCAGCAGCCGCAGCAGCCGCAGCAGCCGCAGCAGCCGCAGCAGCCGCAGCAGCCGCAGCAGCCGCAGCAGCCGCAGCAGCCGCAGCAGCCGCAGCAGCCGCAGCAGCAGCCGCAGCAGCCGCAGCAGCCGCAGCAGCCGCAGCAGCCGCAGCAGCCGCAGCAGCCGCAGCAGCCGCAGCAGCCGCAGCAGCAGCCUCAGCAGCCUCAGCAGCCGCAGCAGGCGGCUCGGCAGGCCAGGCCGCCCAGGCGGCUGCCACCACCACCAACCGCCAACGGCGGCGCCGGUCGCGGGCCCCGCGCCGUCGGCGCCGCCUCGCUGCUUCCUUUGCCGCCGCCGCCCGAUGCGCCGGCGCGGCCGCGGCUGGCAGUGGUGGUGGCGGGCGGUUCCCUCAGUUUUUCUGCCGUGUUCGACGCCCUGCGGCCGGUGCUGGGGGCGGGCGGCCCCAUGAAAUGCCUCUUCGAGUCGAAGCGGGCAAUUGUGGAGCUCUCCAGGCUGGGGUGUCCCCUGGAAGGCGUGGCGUUUGACACUGUGGUGGCGGGGUUUGUGCUGGACCCCGACGCCUGGACCGGCCGCGACGGCGCGCGCGCGGACAAGCAGGACGCCACCAAACGGGUGAUCAAGCAGCUGCCGUCUCUGGCGGCUCAAGUCCUCGGAGCCCGCCUGGACGAUAUGGCAGACAUCUUGUGCGACACCGCCGAUGCCGCUGCUGCUGCUGCCUCGGUGGCGGCCGGCGGCGCAGGGGCCGCGGGCGGGGGGCCGCCGCGGCUGGCGCCGGCGGAAAGGCUGCUGGCUGCGGGCGCGUGGGCUGUGCACCUGCUGCGGGGGCCGCUAGUGCGGCAGCUGGCGGAAGGGCCGCGCCUCAUGCACCUGUACUGUGGAGUGGAGCUGCCCGUGCAGCCGAUCUUUGCUGAGAUGGAGCUGAACGGCGUGGGGGUUGACCGCGUCCUGUUUGACGAGCAGGCAGCGAGGAUGGAGGCCGAGGUGGCAGCGCUGUCGCAGGACGUGUGGCGGCUGGCAGGGCGUGUCUUCAACGUCGACUCAGCAGACGAGCUGCGUGCAGUGCUGUUUGAGGACCUCGGCCUGCAGUCCACCAAGGCCACACCCACUGGCCGGCUCAGCGAGGUGCUUCAGCAGCUGCGGGGGUUCCACCCUGUGAUAGAGCCCCUGAUGGAGCUCAAUGAGCUGAAAGACCUCCUGAAGCGGUACUACAAGUUCGACACGUUCCGGCGCUUCGUCACCCCGGGCAACCGCAUCCACGCGAUUGUCAACCAGACGGGCGCGGCCACGGGCCGCCUGUCAGGCGUCAAUCCCAACAUGCAGGCGCGCUUUCUGCGAGCUGCUCGGCUGCUCGGCCGCCGCGACGCCGUUUCCAUCGGCAUCUUGGACCAACGAAUGCCGGAUGACCCCUGUGCUGCUGGCCUCCCUGCCCGGCGGGAGCGUGGCAGGCAGCUGCGCCAGGCCUUUGUCGCCAGCCCGGGCUAUGUGCUCGUCUCGGCUGACUUCUCUCAAAUUGAGCUGCGCAUCCUGGCGGCCCUCAGCGGCGAGCCCGUGCUGGUUGACGCUUUCUCCAGCGAUGAGGACGUCCACGCCACCACGGCUUCGCUGCUGUUCGACAAGUCCAAGGCGGAGGUGACCCCCACUGAGCGUCAGGUCGGCAAGGAGGUCAACUUUGGAAUCGUCUACGGUCAGGGUGCCACUGCCCUGGCUGAGAAGCUCAACAUCCCCAAGACAAGGGCCGCGGAGUUCCUGCAGCGCUUCAGGCACACAUACCCAUCCGUGUUUGGCUACCUGUCGCGCUGCCAGCAGGAGGCGCUGGUGCACGGCCGCGUGGAGUCGGUGGGCGGCCGCCGCCGUUUCUUCGAGUUCGAGGCGCCGCAGCUCACCGCCUUCGCAGGGCGGCCCUCGGGCGUCGCGGGCAUGCCUGGCUAUGAGGACCUCAAGCGGCUGGCACAGGCCUCUCCGAACCGGGCCAUGCAGGAGGACGACGCACGGCGCCUGAGGCAGGCCGCAAACACGCCAUUGCAGGGCACCUCUGCCGACCUGCUCAAGCUGUCGCUGCUGGCGGUGCGCGACAAGGUGGCGGGGCUGGGCGGCCGCGUGCUGCUGACGUUGCCGCUGGUGUUGCUGCUGCUGCUGCUGCUGCUGCUGCUGCUGCUGCUGCUGCCGCCGCUGCUCCUGCUGCUCUCACAGUACGGCCAUGUUCAUGACGAGGUUGUGGUGGAAGUGCCCGAGGGUCGCGAGGGCAGCGCCAUGGCGGCCCUCAAGGGGGCCAUGGAGGGCGUCAUGGAUCUGGGGGUGCCCAUCAAGGUGGAUACGGCGGCCGGGCGCAACCUGCUGGAGACCAAGGAGGGCUGA